AUGGCAGAGCAGGCAUUGAUCGUGGUCCUGGGGCAGUGCAGGAGCAGUAUAAAAGAGAGACCUUCUCCUCACUCUCUCAUCCACUCCUCUCGCCUCCAUCUCAUUGGGAACAAGGUCAGUGCAGCUCCAGCCCCAGACAUGUCCUGCUACACCCCGUGCCGGCCCUGCCAGCCCUGCGGCCCGACCCCGCUGGCCAACAGCUGCAAUGAGCCCUGUGUCAGGCAGUGCCAGGACUCCAAUGUCUUCAUCCAGCCCUCCCCCGUGGUGGUGACCCUGCCCGGGCCCAUCCUCAGCUCCUUCCCACAGAACACCGCCGUGGGAUCCUCCACCUCCGCUGCCGUCGGCAGCAUCCUCAGCUGUAAUGGAGUGCCCAUCAACUCCGGGGGCUUUGGCCUCUCUGGCCUUGGUGGUGGCUACUGUGGCAGGAGGUGCUUCCCCUGCUAAAGCUGCUGCCCAUGGCCCUGGGGAAGGCCCUCGAGGACUCACAAGAUGGUAUUUCACUGGUGGUGGAGCAUCAUCUUGCUGCUUCCAGAGGGGCUGAGCGAGCCCAGCAGCCCUUGCAGAAGGACAAGGCUCUGGGCAAGCACGGCCCAGCCCUGCCUCUGCCCUCUGCCACUCUCUCCCUUCCCUCCUGUGUCCUUGUUCCCUUGUGCUCCCCUGGUCUGUGAGGCCCUCACAGUCAGCCUGGGGCGGACCGGCUGACCCUGCUGCUUCUAUGGGGCAGGCAGAUGGACACCUGCUGGAAUCUCCACCAGAGUUACUUGGUGCAGAGUCCGAUGUGCCUCUGGUGCUCCCUACACUCAGUUACCCAGU